AUGCCUAGCACUAUUGCCAUGGCGUCAACAAUCACACAGACUAUCCUUGAUAAGAGUUCCCAAGAGGUUCUCUUCAAGACAUCACAAAUUAAGAUACAUGAUCUACCAACUCCAGAAGAAGUCGACAUCCCAUUACCGCCGCCUUCAUUCAAUCCGACCGAAAUUCUAGAUGUCGACAAAGGCACACCAGAUAAGCAUGUGCCUCGAGACCCUCGCCUUAUUCGAUUGACGGGUGUUCAUCCCUUCAAUGUCGAACCUCCUCUCACAUCCCUAUAUAAAGAAGGAUUUCUCACAUCACCGGAAUUGUUCUAUGUACGGAAUCACGGCCCAGUUCCCCAGGUUCGUGAUGAAGACAUUCCAAACUGGGAGAUAAGCAUCGAGGGGUUGGUAGAAAACCCGAUCACUCUCAGUUUCCGGGAGAUUCUCGAGAAAUAUGAACAAAUCACAGCGCCAAUCACCCUCGUUUGUGCUGGGAAUCGCCGAAAAGAGCAAAACACAGUGCGCAAAUCCAAGGGUUUUUCAUGGGGCCCUGCGGGUCUCUCGACAGCCCUAUUCACCGGUCCUAUGAUGGCCGAUAUCAUUCGGAGCGCAAAGCCACUCCGCCGAGCCAAAUACGUGUGCAUGGAGGGCGCAGACAAAUUGCCAAACGGUUUCUAUGGGACGUCAGUGAAGUUGAACUGGGUAAUGGAUUAUAACCGAGGAAUCAUGUUGGCGCAUAAAAUGAAUGGGGAGUCAUUACGGCCCGACCAUGGUCGACCAUUACGAGCUGUGGUUCCAGGCCAAAUUGGGGGGCGAAGUGUCAAAUGGCUCAAGAAGCUGAUAUUGACCGACACUCCAAGUGAUAAUUGGUAUCACAUAAAUGAUAACCGUGUACUUCCUACCAUGGUAUCUCCGGAAAUGUCUGCCCAAGACCGCAAAUGGUGGACCGACGAGCGUUACGCCAUUUAUGAUCUCAAUGUCAAUUCUGUUGCGGUAUAUCCCGAGCAUGAAGAGGAAUUAGAGUUGUCUACGGCAGGGUCGAUGUAUACCGCCAAGGGGUAUGCAUAUGCCGGUGGUGGUCGAAGGAUCACUAGAGUUGAGAUAUCUCUGGAUAAAGGCAAAUCCUGGCGUCUUGCCGAUAUCGAGUAUGCAGAGGACAAAUACCGAGAAUUUGAAGGUGAUUUAUUCGGAGGAAAAGUGGACAUGUGGCAGCGAGAGACUUGCUUUUGCUGGUCUUUCUGGUCAUUGAAUAUUCCGGUUGCAGACUUGGAGAGCAGCGAUGCCUUGCUUGUCCGAGCUAUGGAUGAGGCAUUGACUGCCCAACCUCGCGACAUGUACUGGUCUGUUUUGGGCAUGAUGAACAAUCCAUGGUUCCGUGUCACUAUCACCAAAUCUGGCAACAAGCUCAAGUUUGAGCAUCCCACUCACCCAGCAAGGGCUGGUGGAUGGAUGGAGAGAGUCAAGAAAGUGGGCGGAGAUUUGACCAAUGGCAAUUGGGGCGAGAGGCAUGAAGGCGAAGAGCCCGCGGCACCUGAGCCAGUGAAGGAAAUUAAUAUGAAGAGAGAGGGCGUGAAUCGACAAAUCGAUCUUGCAGAGCUCAAGGCAAAUAGUAGUGAAGAGAAGCCGUGGUUCGUGGUCAACGGCGAAGUGUAUGAUGGCACAGCAUUCCUGGAAGGCCACCCCGGUGGAGCAAUCAGUAUCACUUCAUCAGCUGGACUGGAUGUUUCGGAAGACUUUAAUGCCAUUCACAGCGAAACGGCCAAACUAAUGAUGCCCGAUUAUCAUAUCGGCACAUUAGACAAAGUAUCUCUAGAAGCAUUGAACAAUCCUUCUACAGCCACAUCAGAUGAGCCGCGCCCACUAUUCCUCCAGUCCCGGGUAUGGUCAAAACUCAAGCUCACCGAGAUCAAAAAUGUUUCUUGGGACACGCGAAUAUUUGUUUUCGAUCUCGAGCACGAGAAGCAAUCUCUGGGUCUUCCGAUCGGACAGCACUUGAUGAUCAAGGUCAACGACACCGAGAACAAAAAUGAGGCCAUUCUUAGAUCGUAUACACCAAUAUCAGACACGAAUGUACUGGGCAAGCUGGAGCUGUUGGUCAAGAUUUAUUUUCCCACAGAAACAAUUCCAGGAGGCAAAAUGACAAUGGCCCUCGACAAGCUCGCUCUUGGGGCUGAGAUCGACUGCAAGGGCCCAACAGGACGGUUUGAGUACCUAGGAAACGGCGUGGUACUCAUCAGCGGUAAAAAACGGAAAGUGACGUCUUUCACGAUGAUCUGCGGUGGAACUGGCAUCACGCCCAUCUUCCAGGUCCUCCGAGCGAUUAUGCAAGACCCCGAGGACUCUACCAGAUGCGUUGUUCUGGACGGAAAUAGGCUCGAGGAGGACAUCUUGUGUCGCUCGGAGCUUGAUGCAUACGAGGCAAUGGACAGCCGAAAGUGCACCAUUGUGCAUACGCUCACAAAGGGAUCAGAGAGCUGGAAAGGUCGUCGGGGGCGAAUCUCCGAGGCGCUCAUCAAAGAGUAUGCACCUCCUGCAGAGAGCAGUAUGGCAAUUCUUUGCGGCCCGGGGGCAAUGGAGCAGUCGGCAAAGAAGAUCUUGCUUGACCAAGGCUGGUCGGAGUCAGAUCUCCAUUUCUUUUAG